AAUUGUGUUAAUUAGAGCCAAAUUGGUCAAACUGAGACCACAUGGCCUGAGGAUCCAAUAGACUGGUCCUCUGUUAGGUGCAAAAUGCAUCUCUCUCUGCAAACUGGCUCUUUGUGCCACUUUCCAUGCCACCUCCCUCCCAUGGCCAUAAAUAUGCACCAUAGCAAGCACCCGGGGGUGCUUUCCGUGUGCACGUCUUGCUUAGUGAUCCGAGUGAAAUCCAGCCCUUUUUCCCAUGAACAGUGUCUGCUUUCCUGUCGACGCAGCUGCUCUUCACACAUACUCUCGUUAUAUUCCCUAGACACUCACACACGGAGGAGGGCAGAGUGAAAAGCAGGAACUGUUUCAGGUUCUGUAACUUAUGCUUCAGCCAUGAAGAGAAAGGAGCUGAUGAUCAUGCACGGUCUUCUGAUUCUUGGAUGGUUCAUAGCCUCUGCAGCAGGCCGCAUCCCACCACAGGAGAAGGCGGAGUCGGUGACGCCGAUCCCGACGCUGUCGCCACCGGAAGGCAACACAACGUUCAUCAACGGCGUGACGUGGUGCGUGGCCCGGCCGGGUGCCUCCCAGGAGGACCUCCAGAACGCGCUGGACUGGGCGUGCGGCCCCGGCGGCGCCGACUGCUCCCAGCUGCAGCCGGGCGGCCGGUGCUACCAGCCGAACACUCUCCUCACCCACGCCUCCUACGCCUUCAACAUCUUCUACCAGCAGAACGGCAACUCCGACAUCGCCUGCAACUUCGGCGGCGCCGGAGCCCUCGUCAAGCGGGAUCCAAGUUUCGGAUCAUGCAAGUUCCUGGCAUCUGAGACUUCUGCAGCAGCUUCCUCGGCGAUACUGGGAAGGGCGUGGACGGCCAUGGUCGCUGCAUCUCUAAUCGCGCUUCGGCUGAUAGUUUAGAAAUUCUCGGUUCGUGAUGUAGACACGGUCUGAUCAGGCACUGAUGCGAAAAAAAAAAUGUGAUGCGACGAAAUGUCAGUGUUAUGGUGGUUUCCUUCUGUGGUUCUUUAAGGAACGGUGCUACUUUUUCGUGUAUAAAUUUUGUUAACAUUCAUAUUAGUCUCAGGAUUUCUUGUAAA